AUGUCGUCAGAAAUACCUGACUUGGAGACCCGAAUACUCGCUCUGGAACGCAUGGUGAUAGCGGAUAGUGGAAAAGGAGAGUCCAUCAACCGCUUCAACAGCUUACGAUACUGUCCGCCACCCUUCGAUAAACUACCAUCGCUCAACUACGGACCGAACAAGUACACGUACAACUUCGAACCAGCUCCUCGCCAGAACGACGCAGUCAUGUGGUACAUUACACUUCUUAUUCGCGACAUGGAAGCGGACCACAUCGGCGUCGCAGACAUGCAUUUCCGAGUAGAACCUACCAACAAUUCACCACCGUUCUGGCUGGUUUUGCCCGAUUACACCACGUACUGCAGCAAGCUGUAUACCUUUAUGGAUAGAUUCAAUGAGUUUCCCCUCACCGCUUGGGCAACCUUUUCCCCAGUAAUGCCCGGUCCGACAGAGGAUAAUCUACACUUAAAGAUCGGUACAGAAUGGAUCUUGUUAAAAGACUGGCUGCUCUCCAGCCAGACGCCAGCUGAAGACUUGGUUGGCGAGAGGGGCUACAGGGCGCAGCGCAUAUGUUGGGAGCUCAAUGGGAAGCACUUCCGGCUCGCCGACCUUCCAACGGAGAUGCGCAUGAAGAUUUUCGAGUUUGCUCUCGGUCCUCGAAUUUAUCCUUUGACUAAAUCCAAGGACGCUGAGGAUCUGCCAAAGGUGAGACUGGGUGGGAUCCUGAAAAAGGACACAAAGGACAAAUGGAAUGAACUCCUCGCGUUGCCUGCAAGGGACAAGGAUGGCGUAAUGGACCACGCUGCUGAGCAGGCGGCCAUUCUGGAUACCCCAUCAGCAGAUAUGUAA